AUGGGUCAGGGACAGUCGACAAGUCAACAAGGGGGUGCAACCAAUGAGGCUCCGGAGAGUAAAACGGAUUACUACAAGCUCUUGGAUGUAGAACAAAGUGCUUCAGACGAGGAGAUCAAAAAGGCUUACAGAAAGAAGGCUCUUCAGCUUCACCCGGACCGCAAUCACGGAAAUGUCGAAACUGCCACCAAGUUAUUCGCGGAGGUUCAGGUGGCUUAUGAAGUCCUGUCUGAUCCCCAAGAGCGAGCAUGGUACGACUCACAUCGAGAUGCGAUCCUGAGGGGAGAGAACGCCUCGGAAUCUGACAAUCAAUACUAUUAUGAUACCCGAAUGACAACCGCGGACGAUGUGCUCGCUUUAUUUUCAAAAUUCAGUCCGCGAAUGGAGUUUUCCGAUGCGUCCUCGGGAUUCUACGGCGGUCUACGAGAAAUAUUCGAGAGGAUCUCUCGUCAAGAGGAGAUGGCCUGUCGCUGGGAAAAUCUCGAACCUGUUGACUAUCCGUCAUUUGGAAAUCGAGAUGAUGACUUCGAUACGGUUGUGCGCCCUUUCUAUGCCGCAUGGGCUGGAUUUGCCACCAAAAAAACAUUUGCAUGGAAGGAUGUCUAUCGAUACAGUGAGGCACCUGACCGACGGGUUCGCAGGCUUAUGGAGAAAGAGAAUCGACGUCUCAGGGAUGAAGGUAUCCGCGAAUUUAAUGAUGCCGUGAGGUCACUCGUUGCUUUUGCAAAGAAACGCGAUCCUCGCUAUAAAGCGAACGCUGUCAAUGAAGCCCAACGACAACAGAUGCUUCGAGAAUCCGCCGCCGCUCAAGCGGCCAGAUCGCGGGCAGCGAAUGAGGCUAGGUUGAAGGAUCACAUUGUUCCCGACUGGGCAAUGACAGAGGAGCAAGAACAAGAAGAGGACGAUAGCGAUCAGUCACUUUCCGAAGAGGAACAGUAUGAGUGCGUGGUCUGUCGGAAAAGUUUUAAGAGCGAAAAACAGUUCCAGGCCCACGAGCGCAGUAAGAAGCACAUCAAGGCUGUCAAGCAACUUCGCUGGGAGAUGAGAAACGAGGACAGGGAACUGGAACUGGGGCCCACUGAAGCCAUAGACGAGCCAGUGGAGGAUGUACAUCCAGGGUCUCCUAGUGAUGAGGUCGAUUCCAAAAUCGAUAAUCCUAUCGAUGACAAUGAUCAAACUAGUGAUAGAGAUACCAAUAUUUCAAGUGACAAGACUCAGCCACUCACGGAUACAGAAUUACAUGAUGACCAUGGAGACGAUUCUGGCACUGACGAAGAUUAUGCCCCUCGCCGGACCGUUGAAAACCGCCUGCGGUCAGAGCUCCUAUCCAGCCAGGAGGUCGAGGCAGACGAGGCAGAGGCACUUUCAAAGCAGUUUGCAGAAGCCGGGCUGGAAGAUUCAACUAAAUCAGCGCCCCCAAAGAUCGGGAAGGCGAAACUGAAGAGAGCAAAGAAAGCUGCUGCCCAGAAGGAGAACGAGCAGUUAAAGCUAACAUGCGCAAAUUGCGCUGCUUCGUUUAGCUCUAGGACUCAGUUAUUCGAUCAUAUCAGGGCACUCAACCACGCACAGCCUGUGCAGAGCUCUUCUAAGACUGCUAAAAAGGGUCGAAAACGAUGA